UAUUAUAGUUGCUUUUUUCAGUAAUUUUCUUAUUUUAGAAUCGAGUCAGUUAGCUUGAAUGCUUUCCUUCACCUUGCUGAAAGCGAUAUCUUCAACCUCCACGAAAUGUGUAGGGUCAGCAAUAAAAUGUUUCACUGUGGACACUCCUUGUUGACUUGAAAGACACGUAGGAUAUUCAUCCAUCUUGUCUCGGGCAGUGGCAUCUUUUAUCUCGCAACCUCCAGAUGACAUAUGUCCUAAAACAUGGAGCAAAGGACUACUGUCCACUUCUAAGCUCAUUGCUACCAAAGAUUUGUCAGAGCAGCCGAUUCAUCCCAUAAUAUCUGGACGCAGUUUCUUUCAGCAAAUGUGUUCUUGAUAACAUUUCUACUAAGCUGAUAUGCUGACUUCGUGUGGUCCUUUGCUUAUUAUUAUUAUUUUUUUUUUUUUUAAGGGGGUUAUAACCAGCACCCGAGAGCCAGACCCACAAACAAAACUUUAGAGGAUGUGAAAUGCACGCUGUUAUGUUUCCCACCCUCUUAUUGAGAUCCAGUGCCGCAAACAUUAAACUCUUGUCACCAGUUAGUCAUCCAGCCAUGUGUCCCUUGACUGGUAUCUGUCAAUGGCGGCGACUGACGGAAUUGAAUGUCACCAGUACUGUAGGACCGAUAUACAGGACCAGAAGCUUUGCCUAUCUACAACUACUUGUUCACUGGGAAACACAACCCUCCCUACCUCCAGGGUUUCUUUCAGAUUAACGCUCUUCACAUUGGAAUACCUCCCACCUCCUUACUCCGAGUGUUCUUUUAUCUCGCGGAUCUGAGUGGCAAGGUCCAGCCAGGAUGUGUUAGUUAUGAGGACAGGUGAUAGGGAAGAACACAGGUAAACGAUGUAAAUAACAAAAUUACUUUCCUCCCCCUCCCCAUACCUGUCCAGGGACAUCGACAAGGAAAGCUCGCCGUAGGGUUGGUGCGCAGGACACACUUUGUCACACCUCUUGGCACAACCAGGACAGAGGGCCUUUGUCAUGCCUGCUGGCCUCACCUGUUCGUGACAGAGGGUCGUCGUCAUGCCUACCGGUCUAACCUUCUCUUAACAGAGGAUUUUUACCGAUUUUUCUCCAUAUUUUUUAGCAGGACCUCAAGAACCGUAAUGCUGAAGUAGUCGUGUGUCAGGGUUUGAAGACCUUGCAGGACUUUUCCACGUGGGUUGUCAACUGACUGAAGAGAAAGGUAGACGUGCAGUGUCGUACAUGCCGGCCCUGUGGUGAAUGGACCUGAAGUUGUCACACCAUCCCAUCAUUCUACUGACUGAUGAUACCGCCACUGAAGGGUUAUGGCUGCCGUGCUCGUGUUUGCUGUCCUGGUGUUGUUCACACCAACAGUUGCAGACAUUUACAUGACCCAAGAGUCAGACAAGUGUUCCAGGAUCGACCUGACCUCAUGCUCCAACCAUCAUCUGCGUUGUCCCAAUGAAGGUCCGCCCUCAGUCAUCGCCUUGUCUCAGGCCAAAAAUGGUUUUCGUCGUUCUGCAGUUUUCUCCUUCUGUAGUUACCAGUUCAGCUGUGCUGCUCAAAGCACCUGCUGCGUGCGCAGCUACUUCCGGUUCUGCUACGAGGACGUCUCCGACGACCACCUCAUGGAUCUGGCUUAUGCCUGCCUGAUAGAGAGCUCCUGCGAGUUCCGAGUCCCUGUCGUUCAAGCGAAUUCUUCGAAUUGCAGAAGUCCUGCAUUCGAUUCAGACCAAUCGUUGAUGUCCACCAUCCAGUAUUUCUGCAUUCCAAAGUCAACCAUUCUAGACACUCGCAUGGAUUUCCAGAGUCUCUCGGAGACACAAGGCGCCUCCAUCCUUGUCACCAAGUCAGAUGGCAGUGAGCAGGACUCAGGCCUGUCCCGUACAACCACGUGCAACAUGUGGUCACCAGUGGGGCAAAACAAUACAAUCUCUCUAUUCCAGUAUGCCUUCAUUAACGGAACAAAGUCUCGCAACUGGUAUGUUCGGAUUGAAGACUCAAAAAAGUCCGUUGUUGUGUUCAGCCCGUUUCAUAACCGGACGGAGGUGUUGGCAAAGAAACGAAUGUCUGGGUUGUUGACCCCUGUUACUAUACACCUUAGAGUGGAGAAUGCCGGGGCUCCCAGCCUGCUCUGGAUAGGGUUUGAAGUGGAAGACUAUACCAAAAGUUUUCAUUUGACCUGCUCGUCCACUAGUGACAGUUCUUCGACAGGAGAAGAUAUGAAUCCGUGGCAGAACUCAUCAGCAGUCGACGGCAACAUCACAGAUCACAAGCCUUCGUCUGCUGACGACGGUGGCAACAGCAGCUUCCCGACUCCCGCAGCAUCAGACGCACUCAGGUCCAAAGACUCCCUCAGCACAAUAUAUCUGAUUGUCGGAGCUGUAGUGGGUGCCAUCUUGGUGGUAGUGCUAGCUGCAGUUCUUCUCUACAUCGUUUGCAGAAGACAUCAAGAUAAAAGCCGAGGCAAGGCUCGAUCCCGUGCGACAGUGCCUUCCAGUACUUCGCUUGACGACUACGGUUAUUGCAUCCCUGUCGUCUCCGGUAACACGGUGACGUCACCAACGGACAGCAGCACCGACGAUGUGCUCGUGGAUGGCAAAAAAAUAACUCUGUCGCCACAGCAGCAGAGGAUGACGUGGCAACACUCGACAAUAGAAGACGGCUCAGCCUCGGAUGCUGCAACACCAUCAUCAUCAUCAGCCGCAGCAAUAGCAGAAGCAGCAGCAGCACCGAAGACGACGACAGAAGAUGAAGCUGUUGAGGUAUAUGCCAACAUCUUCCAUAACUACGCUUUCGCAGGCGACGUGGAGUUUACUACAGACGACGACUCUUUCACGUCCGAGUUCGAUGUGUGCACAAGCGACCCCAACAUGUACGAAAACAAUAUUGUUGAAGAAAACAGCGCGGGAGACUGCAGCGAACUCGUGAAAGAAAUUCUGGCGCAUGACUAUGAACCCAUCUACCAAGAGCUGAACCUUGAGAGGGUUGACUACCAAAACACCGACAAGUUGCGUCUCCAGGAGUCCAUCCGCUUCGAAGGACAGGACAGUGGAUUCCUCAACCCCAUCCACGAUGUAAAAUUUUCCUCAUUUAUUUCGUCACCAGGGGCAUCGCACAUCGCGUCUACACUUCGGGGUGAGGAGGAACCGGCUUGCCUCACCGGUUUCGCUAACACACAGCUAGACGAUUCGACCGGAGCACCGAGGUGGCCCUCCAGGGAGUCUUCUUUGUACAAUCUGGGCCAUGCACCUUCCCCGCCCUUCACUUCACCCAGCGAAUCACAGACUCCGCGGACGAAGCGCAGACACGGAGUCAGUGAUGUGAAGAAAAGAUUGCGGCAACUGUUCGCCAAAAAGGAGUGCUACACUCCUGGGCACCAGGUUCCCAAAGAAGUGACGAGCAUCGUUGCUUGCGGGGAGGACUUGGACGGUGCCCUACGUGGUGCCCAGCCCCCGCUGACCGUAUCUGCAACCGACGACCGAGACACAGUCGCGGAUGAUGACUACGCUGACCUGGCUCAGUAUUCUACCGUUACGAAGUGCAAGGGUUUCCUUUGCGAACAGGAACCGAUGGAUGGGGUUCAAAGCACUUCCAGGAAGCCAGGCAGAAGGCAAAAGAAAGGCGACAGCGCAAAGCUGGGUGGAAGUGCACCGGAAAUCAUCAGCAAGAAGAAGAAUUUACUUGAUAUCAAGGGAACGAAAACCGCAGGGCAACGCUAAGCAUGCCUCACCCGUGAAAAGUGAGUCCAGACGGCCAUUUCUAGACAUCUCAAGAGCAGUGGUGUGGCCAGCAAGGGUAUUCUGAUACCAGGACACCAGUAUCUACAGAGGAGGUGUAUUAUCUGAAUUGCUCAGAUCUUGAACUCUCUGUGAAGGAUGUCAGGUAGAGUCUUGCUAUUUAAGAAUAACUCAAACCCCGUCGAUGCCAGGUGCAUGGCUUUGCGGGGAAAACGACCCCCAACCAUCGACUGUUGACGGGGAGUGGGCAAUGUAGGAGGACGUCCACUUCCGGUCACGUGUUCAAGUGUAGAAGACACAGACCGAAAUCACGGCUUUGAUGAGGGAACGUCUGACAGUUUUACUGUCCACCCACAUCACCGAAAUGCCUGUUUAACAUGUCGAAUUUUUCGGUGUUUUAGCUGGAUAAAGGUGUUUCCUCUAGGUUAAUACGUUUGUCCAGUGCUGACAUCUUGGCGUAGGCUUCAGACAACAAAAACAUGAUUAUCAGUCGUGAAUACAGUACAUACCAUCGAACACCGAAUCGUGUAUAGCUAUAAAUGUAGAUGAUCCUAUAUACUACAAAAUCGUCUACACUGUUUAAAGUGUUUCAUACUGUACAUGCAUACUUAUAUAGCGUAUAUGAUAAAUCUGCUGUUUUCAGAACUACAGUUAUAUAUUUUGAAUUCAGCUCAGUAUAUUUAUAUAUUUAUUGUCUAAGGCCCUUAAUAUUGCCGAGUGUGUUACCUAUAGCACACAUCAUUAUAUACUAUAUGCACCGUUAAAAUUAUUGCUUUCUUGCACUAUAUCUUUGUCUAAAAGGCUUGUUUACGUCAGUUUGUUUUCUAUAUAAACAUGACAUUAUGAAACUGAUUUUGCUGUGUUAAAGGCUCCAAUGUUCACAGACCUGCUCGCCAUAUUUUACCAGUAAAUUUCUCCACCGCUUUCAACACUUGUGCUAUAGGUGAAGAAGCUUUUGUUGUUGCUGUUGAUGUUACAGGUGAUAGUAAGCGUGAAAUUGAUAAGGACUACAUCCGAGACUCAAGAACUACACAUAAAUGUAUUUUAAAGGUGGCCAAAUCAUGCAAAAUAAGUACUAUAGACACGAUAGCCGUGCAGUUCGUUUUGUACAUAUCAGAAACAUUCUGUUUGGUGAAAUAGUUUGUAAUGUUUUCUUUGCCUUGUGUGAGCGACGAGAGUUACAGUAGCUCAACGCCUUGUUUAUUCAUUAUAAAUUGCAUAAAUGUGAUAUGAUAUAGCUGUUGAGUGUAGCAAUUCAUAACAAAGAAAUCCCUGAAGGGGACUGAGGUUCGUUCUUUGUGUUGUUUGGUCUGGCAAAGUUGAAUUCUACAUCGACUACUGCAAGCGUACCAUAUGAAGCACGUGUACCCUGACGUUGCUGUCAAAUAAAUUUAUGAUUAAGCUUGUUUUUAAA